AUGGAUUUUGAUGAAAUUAUAGAAAUUUGGUGGAUUUUGGUGGAGAUUGUGCGAGGGGAUUUUUGCCUCAUGGCUGGCUCGUUUGGUUCGGCGGAGAAAUGCGGUGGGCAGAAGAGCGAGCCUCAAGGACGAGAAGUCGAAUCGCGACUGACUCGCUCGGGUGGAAAUGAAGUGCUGCUAGCGAUCUCGUAUCGGUGGCGUACGACGUUGGACACGACGAGCAUAGGUAGGCGAAAGUUGCGCUCGUCAGAGUCGGAGAUCUAUCUGUCUGCUAUUGUGCCAUACCCUCGCUACAUGGUUGAAGCGAGAGCGUGUAGCAUGAUAAUCGAGAUCCGUGCUACACGCAUAGAAACCAUUCUCAAGACGAAUCACCAUCCUCUGACACACAGCAACGAAGCAAAGGCCCGACAGCAAAAGGAAGGCAAGAAGGCCCCCAUCACACAUCUUGUAAACGUGAGCGACUCGAGCCGACAAUUCUGCAAAGGCAAAGGGGGGCGUGUCCCUGCGGGGUCGGACGCAGACCAUCCUAUCCCAAUCCCCGCUACUACAACCACAUCCACCAAUCCUACUCCAAAUUCUACAAUCCAUUUCACGACCAAAGCGAACCAUCAUGCGCAUGCGUUAAAAGUGCUGACCUCGAAUUCUCCCCCUUCUCAUCAAGACCCAUUCCCGUCGGCUGAUGCGAGGAACGAGAAAGAGCAUGCCUCGGCUGACACCGCACCCUUUGGAUUCGAUUCAAAUGUUGACAAGAAGCAGGGUGGACGUAAAAGUGGAGGAGCCGGUGUGGGUGGAGAAGGAGAAGAGAAGAAGGUGGUGGCGAAUGGCAUAGGCGAUCCAGAGAAGCAGCACCUACAACAACAACAUCUUCGACACGAUAAAGAAAAAAGAUUACUGGCUCCGACACCACCGUUAAGGGAUAAUAAUGUUCCUUCGAGCGCUUCGGACGAGUCGACGGCGGUGGACGCGCUCACGAUUACCGCGAAUGAAGGAGAGGGGGACCCGAGUAAUCGGCCAGACGAUAAUAGUACGGAGAUCAAUGAUGGGCGGCCCUUACUCUUGGGCAAACGCUUGGCCGUGCUCAUAGCGUACGUGUUCUACUCUCAUUCCCUUUAUCACGCUCCCUUUAUUGCGGUUGCAAUUGUGUCACUG